AUGGACGAAGAGUGGUUUAGGAUCCCUUUUUCUCAGGGAUUUCACUCGCCACAGGCGGCUAUGCUCCACAAAGCCAGAUAUUUGGAGGAGAAUUUAGAUGCCGUGAAUGAGUCCUUCAAACCCUUCUCCGAAUUUGUCUUUCGAAAUGACAAAUCGGCAGACUCUUUUGAUCAACUUCAGCCAUUUAUUGCGAAAUCCAAAGCCUCUUUUGAAGAUGAAGGAAGAGCCUCUUCUUCAGCGUCUUCGACACAGGCUGCGCUGCUCAAAAUGGACAACUUUAAGACAAUCCCUUCUGAGCUAUCGAAAAUAAUCCCAAGCGUUUAUAAUGUCCAGAAGAGGAAGCCAGAAAGAUCUCAAAGGCAUGCCUUUAAGACCAGAUCUGAAUCAGACAUUUUGGAGGACGGUUACAAGUGGCGAAAGUAUGGAAAGAAAUUCAUAAAGGGAAACCCUAAUCCAAGGAAUUAUUACAGAUGCUCUUACAGCAACUGCGAUGUUAAAAAGAGAGUGCAACGGGAUGCCCAGGAUAAAGGAAUAGUUAUCACUACAUACGAGGGAAAACACAACCAUGAGAGCUCCACAACUGUGUAUUACAUAACGAAUCCUCCAAUAUUUGUAGCAGAGCAGGCUUCCUGUUUGGACAAUUAUCCUCCUCCUUUCUCUUACUCCUCACACAGGCCAACUGAUUUCAUGUUUAUCAAUACCAGUUAGAAAAAGUUCCAUGUAUCAAAAACAUAAAUGAUUUGUGGGAGCCUAAUUCCUCCAUAGGUGCUUAUAUUAAUUGAGUAUUUCUAUCCUAGAAUAAUUUGUCUCUGAAGUCUCAUGUAAGUCGCUUCUGUUUCACAUGUUUAGUACUUACUCUCAUGUUUAAGUGUUUCUGAAACUUGAUUACUAUUAUCCUAUAAUAAAUAUGGAACUGAGCUCUAA